UUUCCUUUAAUCGUUUAUACUUCAUUUCACGAGGCACGAGAGAACCCUACCACCUUAUUAAAUCUUAAGAAGCAGGGAAUUCCUAUACGUUUCAUAGAGAGACUAUGAUAAGUGCCUGAUUAUAUUGGCGAGAUGCUGUCGAAGUUAAAAAAGUAUAAAAAUGAUUAUAAAACAACAAUUCUGUAAAAUCAUAAUGAAUAACCAAAGUUUGGAUAAACGAACGACAAAUAUGCUGAUUCGACAAUACAUCCUUUUUGUCAGUCUGCACUUAACAUUUCUAUUUGGAACUAUUUAUUGUACAUCGUCUUUGUGUUCUUAUAAUUCACCUUGGCUGAUAUACACGAAUCAGAAGCUUAAUCAGGCACCAUUAGAAAUCAUCACUGGACAAACUGCGCUUGGAUGCUCGAACGCUUGUUUUUUGGAUGAUAAAUGCACGUCGUUUAAUCAUGAACCAUCUACCGGCGGGUGUGAGUUACUACGUGGCGCACGUUUUAAAAUACUAGGCGACGAGAAGCAGACGACGACUGGUUGGAACUACUACCUCAUUAACUGUCAGUUUAUCGUAACACAUGAGGUAUCCAUCCAGCCGGGUUGCAGCCACAUCUGCGAAAUAAAAGGUGUGUGGAAGGGAUUUAUGUCAGCGGAAGGUCCAGGAGGAAACGGAGAUUUUGAAACCGUCGGCAUGUGGGAGAGGAAAGCCGUCACUGAAAAUAAUACGGCUCUUGCAGCCCAAUAUUGUGAUGAUGAGCUCGCACCUCUUGCAGUCCGUGCUCGUAAUGUGGACACGCAUGAACCACCAGAAGCAGAGAUGGCCAUUGGCAGAAUAUUCUAUAGAUAUUCCGCAUACUCAGGAUUCGGUUGCAGACUAGUUGAUAAUCCGAGUUUGGCAUGCGAAAGCUAUGAAGUUCAAUGGCUCUGUCCUCGAUUAUAGCUUUAUUGUGUUGUCUUAAAAACCAAAGGAUUGUCCUAAAUUAAUACCAGAUGUCAGAACUAUUAUUAGAACUAGUAUUUUUUUAAAUUAAGACUCCAUAGAUGUGGAAUGAAUUGGUACGGUGACGAUGACAUUAUAUUUCAAACGUUUAAAUCAGAUGAUAAUGAAGUAAUGAUUUUGAAAGCCAAGGCUGCACUUUUAAUGUUCAUAGAGCGUAAUACAGUACGUGUUAAAAAAACGCAACAGAUUGUUAUCUCGGAAAAGCACAAAACCAGUGAUAACAGCAUUGAUUUCAUUCAAUGUACC